AUGUCGAUCCACCCCGCCCUAUCUCUUCAAGAUGACGCAUCGGCCAUGAUGCCGCCCGCACAACAGUCCUCCGCGUCUACAGGACCUCUUCGGGCCUCUCAGCUACUCGAUAUGAUGGGCCCUGAGAGCGAUGGUGUGUCCCCGGCAACUCUGGAGUAUGUCAAACCCCCUCAAAGAAGGGGGCGACCAGCCUAUCAGUUUGAACCACCACCGAUGGCUGCUGUUGAACCCUCCUCCUCUCUUGACAGCGACGAUGACUCUCAUCCCCUCUCCAGAAAUGACCUCGAGAGCUUCUCAGUCGCUUCGGAUACUACAUCCUCGCUAGCGAAGGCUACAUCAUCUGUUCCCGCUCUAGCAAGACAGCGGGAAAACCAUCACGUUGAGCUGCCUGGCCGAUACCUCAAAGAGAGUGCCAAAAGCGAAGCCGCCAAUUUCGAUGGUUUGUUUGACUCGGUACUCAAUGGCGAUGACUGGUGA